AUGUCGAGCAAAACUACAUUCACACUUGCAUUAAUAUUUUCUCUUUCUCUCUCUCUCUCUCUCUCUCUCUCUCUCUCUCUCUCUGUACAGGUUGGCACCAACAUUCCGGAGUACCUUGCAAAAAGAACUUCUGAAGCAGGUAUCCUGGAGAUCACGUCAGUUGAUGUUGGCAUCGUGGCCGUCAGGGGUCUCCAUAGCAACUACUACUUGGCGAUCAACAAGAAAGGGGACGUCUAUGGCGCUCGAGAGUACGGCAUGAACUGUAAGCUGAAGGAGCGCAUCGAGGAGAACGGCUACAACACGUACGCCUCGGCCGAGUGGCGGAACAGGAAGCGCCAGAUGUUCGUGAGCCUGAGCGCCAACGGGAGGCCGCUACGGGGACGGAAGACCAGGAGGAAGAACUCCGCCACCCACUUCCUCCCAAUCGUGGUGUGAUGCUCUAGCCUGACUCUCGCCAGACCUGUAGUGCCGCACAGCUUCGCGAGCUCCACUAGGCCUGGGAGAGCGCACAUUGGAUUCGUUUUCAGAGGGCAUGGAUACAUUGUCCAUCCUCGCCUUCAACAAAUUCCUUCUAAACCGCCCUGCGUAUGGGGUAGAGUUGCCACACGACUCCUCAAUGCAAGCCGCCAUUGUUAUAAACACCACAAUUGUGCGGGCAAUUUUCUGGCAGGAGAGCUUCCCAAUCCAAAUAGGACCGGGCAUGUGUGUGUGUGUGUAGCUGGUAGAGCCCCCUGGUGGAGCUAAGCAGAACUACACUACACAGCUCUGGUGAGAGCCAGCUAGUGAUCCUCCACACCACCAGGGGUUUUCAACCAAUGGUCCGCAGCCCACUGGUGCGCCGUGGAGGUAGUGCUGGUGGUCUGUGACUCGCUGCGCAGUGUAACUAAUACAAAUAUACAUACUUGCGCAAACACAGUGGGUCGCGGACUACUCACUGUAAAUGGUGGCCCCUGAUGGGUCAGAACCAGUUGGAAACCCCUGCUCCACACCACAGGCCUACUAUGCCAGGCAUUCUCAAAAGCAAAGAACUGGUGUGACCAAGGAAGAAGAUUGGUUGGGGAAAACAACAACAACAACCACAACAAAAGUAUAGCAUCUGUGAGGGUUUUUUCUUGCCAGAGGGCAUGAAUUCACGUGGGAAAAAAGACUGUUUCUAAACCCAUAUCUGUCAUCCUUUACUUGUUUGCGGUCCUCCUUUUGCAUUCUGUGCCACAGAAAAGGACAAACUAUGAACCUUGGUGCAAAAUGGCCGGAAAUCAAUCAGUAACAACAACAAUCAAGUUGAUGAUGACGGGUGGAUUGUUCGCCUAGGCUACUGUUGAAGAGUUAUGUGUGUAGUUCAUGGUAACAGUAAAUGCAAGGAUGAAACGCACAUUGAUGACCUCCCUUUUAA